UCUACUGAACAAAUGAAAUUGAGCAAGUGUCAGUUUGCAUGCCACCGCUUUCUAAUAUGUCUUGGGGAUCUUGCUAGAUAUGGCGAGCUUUGUAAGAAACAGGAUGCUUCUAAAUGGUCGGUUGCGUUUACUUACUACUUAGAAGCAAGCAGGAUAUGGCCAGCUAGCGGGAAUCCCCAUAAUCAACUGGCACUGUUAGCAACAUAUGUUGGCGAUGCUUUCCUGGCAUUGUACCACUGCACGAGAAGUUUAGCUGUUAAAGAACCUUUCCCUGAUGCAUGGAAUAACCUUAUGCUACUCUUUGAAGAGAACGGGUCAUCCCAUCUGUCUUCACUUUCCAGUGAGACACACAUCGAUUUGUUAAAGCCAUUUGAAAAAGUCUCCUUGCAGGCCGCACCACAGUCUCUCACUGGAUCUUCAAAUAAGAGUAACUUGGAAACUAACAACAUCUUUUCUACUGCAAAAACUGAACUCUGGCCCCUCUUUGUGAGAUUGAUAAGUUUUUUCCUUGGGAGAUCCAGGUAAUUAGAGCAACACAAUAUUCUCUUGAUCUGACUUAUAUUCUGGCUAACCCAUCAGAAGACAACAAACAGGAUUAGUCCCUGCUGAUUUUGUGACUAUUUUCAUUUC